AGCCUUACUCUCGACAUUACUUGCACUUUCCUCUAUCGCCCCAUCCCCAAUUUUUUCAAUCCUAAGUUUGUGUUCAUUUGACAUCCCCGUCGAACAAAGACUUAAGCUUUGGAAAACAAUACCCUUUUUCUCGUUCUUUGCAUUUUGACCUCUUUCUGAAUAUCCUCUUGCUCGGUUAUAAAGCCUUCAUCUUUUUUCACCUAUUUGCUGCUUAUAUCAGGGUGAAAUCUUUGUGUUGGAGGAGUAGAUUCUCCAUGGUGAGCUAUUAAUUAUCACCUUUUGUUUUCGUUGUAUUCAGAAUGGUUUCUGGAAUUGAAAAGAAAAAACAAAAAAAUACAGGAGAGGCCUGCGUAGCUGAUAAUUGGCAAAAUGGAUCUCCAAAGGGGAUUGUGUUGAACUCCAAGGAUGAAGAAACUCGUACCACAAUUGGUGAUAAAGUGUAUGUGAUUGGUAGGACAGAUGAUGGAUCCACAUCAUCACUUGGUGUUAAGAUCUAUGAAAAAUCUACAAGAAAAUGGGUGAUUCCUACUGUGCUGGGAACAAGACCUGCAACAUGUAAAGGUCAUUCAGCGGUUCUUUGGAAUGAAGAUCGAAUUAUGAUUAUCAAGAAGGGUUCCAACCCAGAUGAUUGCAUUUGGUUCCUCGAGGUGGACACUAAAUAUGUUAAGGAGCACAAAGGAAAUUUGGGCAUUGAGGUUGUUGCCUGGAGUAAGGGUGUGAGGGGCGAUGCUGAGAAGCCUGUUGUUAUAAGUGGUCCUUCUGGAGUUGGUAAGGGCACAUUAAUAUCCAUGCUCAUGGAACAAUUCCCUUCCAUGUUUGGAUUCUCUGUAAGCCAUACAACCCGUGCACCACGGGGCAUGGAGAAGGAUGGAGUGCAUUAUCAUUUCACUGAGAGAAGUGUAAUGGAGAAAGAGAUAAGAGAUGGAAAGUUCCUUGAGUUUGCAGAAGUCCAUGGAAAUCUCUAUGGAACCAGUAUUGAAGCAGUUGAGGCUGUAGCUGAUUCUGGAAAGAGGUGUAUUCUUGACAUUGAUGUUCAAGGGGCAAGGCAAGUGAGGGCCAGUUCUCUUGAAGCCAUUUUCAUCUUUAUCUGUCCACCCACACCCUCAAUGGAGAAGCUUGAAGAACGCCUCCGUGCAAGGGGGACUGAGACAAAAGAGCAGAUCCUAAAGCGCCUUCAAAAUGCUGAGCCAGAAAUUGAGCAAGGGAAAUCCUCUGGCACCUUCGGUCAUAUUCUGUACAAUGACAAUCUCAAUGAGUGCUAUGAGAACCUUAAGAAACUCUUGGGACUCGAUGGAAGUGCAGCUGGUAACCAUAAAACAACUUUAGAAGGGAUCGAUCUGCCUCUGAACCACUCUGUGUCACAAGAUGGUAACAAGAUCCAAAUUAACAGUGAAACCCCAGAGCUAGGAAAAACAUCCAAGAACUUAAUUGUAUUGGAUGUAUCCAAGCUUAAAGGCGGCGCUCCAUGGAGGACAGGAGGGCUUAAUGUCAAUGCCAUCAAUUCAUUCUCAGAUGGUCUGAAUGGGAUUAAUAACUUAAGCUAACAGCUGGCCAAUCCUUGACCGUGCUGACAUGGUUUCCAUUUUCAAAAUUUUCCCUAAGCUCCUACUAUUUGAGCAUUGAGAAUUGCAUAAGUUGGAUUUCUGUUUUUUUAGACAUUCUUUCUUUGUCUUAAAACAGACAUGAAAGUGGACUAGAAGUCUAGAACUAAGCCAGUCCCCCUACACGGACAAUGAGAGAAUUCAUCAUUUCUGCGGCAAUGAAGGGCUUGUACACCAUAUUAAAUUUUAUUCCUCGUUGAACUAAUAUACAUUGAAGAUAUUUUUCUUCUUUUGGUACCUCAAAUGGAUGUGCAAUAUGCUAAGAGAGAAUUCCCCUACACCUGCUCCACCUGCUCUCAAGAUUCUAACUCUCUCUAUAUAUAUAUAUUUGGAGUUUCAGAUUUUUAACUACUUGUGACCUUUUAGAGGGAAUUAAAUCUAACAUGUUGGAGAUAGGAUUGAAAUAGAGAAGUUCCUAGAAAAAGUUGAUUUUAAGUCAUGGAAAAUGUAUAGACGUUUCAAAAUUUCUCAUUCAACACGGUUUCUACAAGAAAAUUGUUUUAAGAAAGGGACUAAACGCUAAACAGAUGACUCCAAAAAUCUUCCUAGAAGAAUCAGUGUGAAUGACCGUUACUGCUGUUUUCAGUUGUGUACCCACCACCACCGCCACCGCCACCGCCAGGCAAGAACAAGCUGGAAAGUAGGGACCUCAACAAGAAAACAUCGUUCAUUUCCCUGUUCAGAGAGGGCAUGGGGCAUGGUCCCCUCCGUGAGGUCGGUGGCAAUGGGGCCAAGGCCAACCCAACAUUCUCAUUUAAUUUUAGAAUAAGGAUAAAUGACUUAU